AUGGAUCAGCAGGGUCAGCAAUCCGCUCCGCAGGGGCCCUCAGGGCGUCGUCUGCACAUCGCCCAUCGACGCAGUCCCUCGGAGAUGACCCCUCUGAUGAGUGAGUCCUUCCCGCCGCCUUCCACGUGAUAGUAGCUGCAUUAUCCGUUUCUUUCUUCCAUCCAUCAUCGCUGACAUGGCUCAUCAGUGGAACAACUCGCUCUUGCCCAGCAGAUAGAGAUGCUCCAGCAGCAACAACAGCAGAUCGCUGCCACGCAUCAGCAAUACGUCAAUAUGGGCAUGAUCCCACAGCAGCAACAGCUCCCCAACCAAUUCCAGCAAUUGCAGAGUCAGAUGCAGAACCUCAACGUUUCACCCAAUCCUCAGGCAUUCCAAUUCCCUCAGCCACAGCAGGUGGGUCAACAACAUCUUGGUGUUCCCAUGGGUGGUAUGGGACAGCCUUCUGCCCACCGAAGAAAUCAAUCUGCCAUGCCGAACAUGGGCAUGGGCAGCAUGGGGCCGCCUCCUGCACCAUCAUCCGGUGCUGCCGGCUCGGGUUUUGCCGACUUUGGGAACUUCGGUGCUGGACAUAGCAGGAACGAGAACAGCGCACCGAGCCGUGGAAGAGGUGGUGGUAGCUCAGGGGGACACACCCGCAGACACUCUCUUGCUCUACCUGAGGCAAAGAAAGCCGCCGAGCUCGCAGAGGCCAAACGGAAGUCUAGCGGCUUCCAGUUCCCCAACCCUGGAGCUGGCAACGGCUCUCCGUCUGCCACCAAUCGCUCGGUGAGCCCGGGUCAGGCAGCGGACGCAAGCCAACAGGCACCAAGCAGUGCGCCACGAGGCGGCAUGGGCGGUCGUGGUCAUGGUCGAAGCCAGAGCAUGGCCGUUGGUGGCCGUGGCAUGGCACAGAGCACUCGCGGCGGUCCUGCCGGUUUCCAGUUCCCGCCACCCCAGGCGACCAACGAUGGAGGCGCCAACAACCAGACUGAGCUGGGUCGUCGUGGGAGCCAAGGACACGGUCGGACCGGAUCCCGCAACUUCGAAGGAAACUGGCGGAAUCCCAAUAACAACAAUCAGAAUGCUACUGGAAAUGAUAUGCAGAGCAACAUGGGCAACUUUCAGAUGAACCAGCACGCCAGCGCUCAGCCGUUCCAGCCCGGCCAUAGGGCUCGCGGCUCUAUGAACAACCAAUCUGUCAGCUCCAUCCAGGGCUUCCAGUACCAGCCGCAGCCGCAGCUAAUGCAACUACCGCAAGGCCAAGUCCUCGUUCAGCAACCCGGCAUGUUUGGUAAUCAGCCACUGAAUGCCCUUCAGCUUGCACAAUUGCAAGCUUAUCAGCAGGCGGGCAUCCCAGCACCCAGCCUGGCUCAGCUCACUGGUCAGCACAACGCUCCCCACAUGGGAAUGCAGCAACAACAGCAGCAGCGCAAGACACUGUUCACGCCGUACCUGCCUCAGGCAACACUCCCCGCUCUGCUCGCUGAUGGCCAACUUGUUGCUGGUAUUUUGCGCGUCAACAAGAAGAAUCGCAGCGACGCAUAUGUGACCACGACCGAUCUUGACGCCGACAUCUUCAUUUGUGGAAGCAAGGACCGUAACCGAGCGCUGGAAGGCGAUCUGGUUGCGGUCGAGUUGCUCGACGUUGAUGAGGUGUGGGGUCAGAAGCGCGAAAAAGAAGAAAAGAAGAAGCGCAAGGACGUGACCGACCAGCGUGGUGGCAGCGUCACUGCUGUCAACGACGCGACAACUCAGCCUGAGAGCUCUUCUGCUGCCGAGGGCGGCAUUCGCAGGCGAGGAAGCUUGAAGCAACGUCCCACGCAGAAGAAGAACGACGAUGUCGAAGUCGAAGGCCAGUCCCUCCUGCUCAUGGAGGAGGAUGAGAUCAACGACGAGCAGAAGCCACUGUAUGCUGGCCACAUCGUCGCGGUGAUUGAGCGCGUCGCCGGCCAAAUGUUCUCCGGCACCCUCGGCUUGCUGCGUCCAAGCAGCCAGGCUACCAAGGAGAAGCAAGAGGCUGAGCGUCAGGCCCGCGAGGGUGGUAACGCCAACCAGAGGCUCGAACGCCAACAGGAGCGUCCCAAGAUUGUCUGGUUCAAGCCCACCGACAAGCGUGUCCCACUCAUUGCAAUUCCGACUGAGCAGGCCCCGAAGGACUUCGUUGAUCGCCAUCAGGAGUACGCCAACAAGAUCUUUGUCGCUUGCAUCAAGCGCUGGCCCAUUACCAGUCUUCACCCAUUCGGUACUUUGGUUGAACAACUUGGCGACACCGGCGACCUUAAGGUGGAAACCGAUGCCUUGCUGCGCGACAACAACUUCGGUCCAGAUGACUUUUCCGACGCCGUCAUCAAGAACGUCGGCUACGAAGACUGGUCUGUGGCCAACGACGGGGACGCUGCGCUCGAAGGCCGCCGCGACCUGCGCGCUGAGCAGACUUUCACCAUCGAUCCAAAUGGUAGCAAGGAGCUUGACGAUGCUAUCCAUUUCAAAGAGCUCGCAGACGGCCAAGUCGAGGUCGGCAUGCACGUCACGGACGUGGCACACUUCGUCAAGGCAAAUUCGCUUGUCGAUCGCGAGGCCAAGAAGCGAGGUACUGGCGUCUAUUUGAUGAAUAGGACUGUCAACAUGUUGCCACCUAAGAUUGCAAACGACAUCUGCUGCCUCAUGCCAGGAGAGGACCGCUACACAGUCUCGGUGGUCUUCAAGAUCGACGCUGCUACUGGCCACGUCAUCGACGAUGCCACCUGGGUUGGCAAGUCCAUCAUCAAGAGCUCUGGCAAGUUGUCGUACGAGGAGGUCGACGCUGUUAUCAAUGGCUCCGACACUUCUGCGCUCGGCGAGGAGCGUUCUAAGCAAAUCUUGAUGCUCCAUUCUAUCACGCAGAAGUUCCGACAAGCUCGGUACUCCAGCGAUGAGACCGUCAUUCCACCGCUCCGCCUUCUCUAUCAGCUGGACGAUGAGAAUGUCCCCGUUGAGCACAACAUCUUCGACUCGAGCCCAGCGCAUGAGAUGAUCGAGGAGCUGAGCCACAAGACGAAUGCUCUGGUGGCUCAGAAGAUCUUCGCCGGAUUGCAAGAUCGCGCCUUGCUGCGCCGCCAAGCUUCGCCUAAUCCCAGGCGCCUGCGGACCUUCGCGGAACGCAUGACCAACCUUGGCUACGAGAUCGACAUUUCCAGCUCUGCUUCGCUGCAGAACAGCCUUUUCCGUAUCGAGGACGACGAGAUUCGCAAGGGUAUGGAAACCUUGGUCGUCAAGGCCAUGGGCCGUGCGAAGUACGUUGUGCCCGGCAGAUUGCCUGACUCUGACUUGGGCCACUUCGCACUCAACCUGCCGCUCUAUACGCACUUCACCAACCCGUCUCGUCGCUAUGCGGACGUCAUCGUCCAUCGCCAACUCAAAGCCGUCUUGUCCAAUGGCACGGUCGAGUUUGGGGAAGACGUGGAAUCCCUGAACAAAACCGCUGAAAGCUGCAAUACCAAGAAGGAUUCCGCCCACAGCGCUCAGGAGCAGAGCGUCCACAUUGAGUCCUGCCGCAGGAUGAACAGACUAUCCGAGGAACAGGGCGGCGAUCUCAUCUCUGUCGGCAUUGUGGUGUGUGUCUACGAAUCAGCCUUCGAUGUGCUGAUUCCGGAGUACGGCUUCGAAAAGCGCGUGCACUGUGACCAGCUUCCUCUAAAGAAAGCUGAAUUCGACAAGAACUCUCGUCUCCUGGAGCUCUACUGGGAGAAGGGUGUGCCUUCUUCAGCCUUCGUUCCGGAGGAUGAACGUCCGCAAGCGAAGGGCCAUCGACCGACGAACAGUACUUUCGCACGCGAAGCUGCUGCGAAGCAAAAGGAGGCUCAGGAGGCCGAUCGCAAGGCGAUGAAUACUGGCUCGAUCGAUGCACAGGACGUCGAUGCGCUCUUCGAUGAUGACGACGACAACGCUUCAGAAGCCACCGACAACGCAGCAGGUGUGGCUCUGAACGGGGAGCGUGGCACGCAGAGCGGUCCCCCAUCGCCCACCCGCAAUGGACUCGCCCCUCAACGAUCGAAGUCUGACUCUCGCGUUCUGAACAACAACUCCGGGCCAGAGGCCAAGCUGAGCAACAAGGAUAAGUACCUUGGCUUGUUCACGUUGAGAGAACAGAACGGCGAUUACAUUCAGGACGUAAAGGAGAUGACUAGAGUUCCUGUGCUGUUAAAGACGGAUCUCACCAAGAGCCCACCGUAAGUCGUCAUUCGUCCAAAACUUUGUGACAGCCACUAACUCGAAACAGUUGCUUGACAAUCCGCUCUUUGAACCCUUAUGCUUUGUGA